AUGGGGUUCUGCGCCUUUGCUUUGCGUAUAUUCACACAGGUGUCGAGUCCUUUCGCAAAUGGCGAGAUCGGGCUGGCCGACGCGGUGGACUGGGUGAGAGCUACCUGUUCCAAGCAACUUGCUGAUGUGAGCAUGUUGUAUUACACCCCCUGCUGGCCCAGCCUUGCCCGUCCUCGUUGCCGUAUUAGCGGCAGAAACAGGGAUGGUACCUUUGGUCAUGGUAUGCUGACGGCCCGCUUCAACCACUCAGAGAGGGACAAAAAGGUGAUUGAAGACGAGAAAACAAAAAGCACCAACAUGCAUCCAAAUAUCAACUUUUGUCCCAUGUGGUUGAUCUAG